AUGCCGCCAGACAAAGACUUGAACACGAUCCUCGGUCUCUCCUCGACAGCUACCGCGGACGAGAUCAGAAAAGCAUAUCACAAAGCAUCUCGCGUGCAUCAUCCGGACAAAUCUAGAAGCAAGUCCACUCCAAUGAUGCAGGAGGUCAACAACGCCUGGGAAGUACUAUCUGACACCCACUCGCGCGCCCAAUACGACGCGAAGAUCAAAGCUCACGAUAGCUGCCAAAACUACUGCGCAUCCUGCACUGGAGAAACCAGAGGCAACUGUCCUCACCAGUUCAACUUCAAACCUGCGCACUCAUAUCCACCCCCUCCGUCUGCCCCUCGAUCGCCAUCGCCUCCACCUCCGCCACCAGUGUGCAAACAUUGCGGAAAUGUCAAGGGAGAGAAUGCUCGCAAGUCAAAGAGGAUCAGCGAGCUCGAGACGGACAUCCACAAACUCAAGGAUCACAUCAACUCUCUUAAGACAAACUUUCGUGAGAGAGACCGUAUCGCCAUGAACAACGAGAAGAUUCUCAAGCAGCAGUUGCGUGAUUUGCAGGGCCGACUGUCCAAGCUAGCCGCUCAAAAGAACGACCUGGAAGAGAAACGCCCUAAAGACUCGAUCGGACACCCUGCAGAAGCUACCAAUGAGAAACUCGCCAAGGUCCAGAAUGAACUUGCCCAGGUUGAAGCGAAGAAUGUCACUCAAUCAUCGACUAUCCAACGCCUCAACGACGAACUCAAAGCCUUGAAAGCAGCAGGACAGCCAGAAUCUUCGCAAUCAGAUAGCAAGAUGAAAGACGAGCUGGUGCUCAAGGACAGGAAGAUCACAGAACUCGAGAAGUCAAACAAGGUUUUGAGAGGCGCGAACACUCAGGAAAAGGACAAGCUAUCCAAAGCUCAGAAGGCUCUCAAAACUGCACUCGACAACGAGACAGCAACCAGAAAGGAGAAUGAGAGACUGGCUGCUGAGCUCGAGACAGCUCGACUCAAGCUCGAACAAUAA